UGCGUAGUUGCUGCAACUGUUUGCAACUGUUUCAAACUGUUCAAACGGUUUUAAACUCUCGCGCGUGUUGUCAUUGAAAUUAUUUGAUGGUCGUAUUAUAGUUUAUUUGAUUAUUUAUUAAAAAAUACCUAGCAGUGUAGUAUUUUUAUAUAUCCAGUUUCGCAAAGUAACUUUAUUGUCUGAAAGUAUAAUUAACGCUUUUUUUUAUUUCCAUAAGAUGAAGAAAACUGCAUUGCACGUGUCACGAAUGUCAUUGAUAUAAUUAAAAUGAGAUUUAGCAGCAGUUUCUUUUAAAAAACGAUUUUGUCUUAUAUUACGGUCUCUUUUAUUCGAACAAUUAGCUUUGCAAUCUGUGGCGACGUUGGUGCUACAUAUCUUUGUUCUUAAAAAGAAAAGGCGGGAACCAGUAAUUCCUUUGUCGAAGGAAUGAGUUUUUAUGUGGUUGUCAUUUAUUUAAAAUAAGUGAGUGAACAAUCUUCCUUGUUAUAUUACAGUAGGCGUACAGUGUUGCUUUUUUUAAAUUUAAUAACGUAUUCGAACAUUGUCAUUGUAGUUACUUAAUAAUAAAGUGAACGGUGCGCGUUUUACUGUAGCGAGGUUACGUUUUGUAUGUCAUAUUAACUUUUAUAAGUAAAUCAAAGUAAAUAUGGAUAUUCCCGCAACCCAAGUCCUCGAUUGUCCAUCAGAUGAUAUUUCAAAUGAGCAGGUGAAUAUUGAUACAGUUUACUUAUAUAUAGAGUUACUUCAUAAAUUUUAUCAUUUGUCUGUACAGGUUGGAAUUCUAUCUGUUGGAUCAAUUAAUUAUCCAGUGUUUUUGGGUGCCAAUAAAAUUGGACGACAUCCAGGAUGUCACAUUGUUAUCAACCAUAAUACGGUGUCCAAGGAACAUGCUGAGAUCGAUGCAGGCAAAGAAAAUAACACAUUCAUAUGCGACCUGAGAUCUGCCAACAGAACUGUAAUAAACAAUCGGUGCCUUCGACCGGGUCUCUUCUAUCAGCUGAACGAUGGAAACGUUAUCACUAUGGGUCAAAUAAAAGCCACCUACAAGGUACUGGAUGGUAAUGAUGACGUCUUGAUGGAGAAUUCUAUAAUACCGAUAACGCCGUUAUCAGGAAACAAUAAAAAUAAGCAAAAGAACAUAAUUCCCGGUACACCUGAUUCUUCAUUGAAUAAUUCAUCCACGUGCGAAAAUGACGAUUCCGUUAUUCCUGGAACUCAGCUCGAAAAAUCAAACGUCUUUCGACUUCCCUCGUUACCUGCACAACUUAUCUCCAAAAACAACACGGCAAAUGUAUCUGCUGAUGCUGUGGAAACAGUCACUGGCAUCUUAUUGAAUGACAAUGAUAUGGCGAUAGAUGUGCGACCUUCGAAUUCUGAAAAUGAAAAGGACGAGGUCAGUAUUUUUGAUAAGGAAACCGAAAGCUAUUCGCAAGCACAUGGAAACGAAUCGCAACCAACAUUCGAUAUCCACGAUGCGGAAACGCAGAUAUUUGUGGUGGAUGGGAUAAGAGGUGAAAAAGCGGGAAAAGUGAAUGAGGAGAAGAUUAUAGACGAAAGUACAAAGUCAAAGAGCCAGGAAGGGACGUUGAAUCCUUCGGAGAAUUCAAAUUCGUCCUCACAGAAUUUUCUGAAUAUCUCAUUACCGCCUAGCCCGGUGAAUAGUCACGUUGGCGAAAACGACGGACGCUCCGAUACGGAAGGCAGCAUCAUUUUGAUAAGGGUUGAGGAUUUUUACGGACCAUUGUCUGACAAAUUGAAUGCCCGCGAUGGAAAUUACAAAGAUAGAAGCGACGUUACAGCCUCGGCGAAAGUUAAUUCUAAUCUAAAUGUUGAGUCUAAUAAUUGUUUAAAUACUGAUAUGUAUGAUGCGCCAACUCAGUGCAUCGAUAAUGAAAAAUCAAAUAUAACAGAGAAAACGAUGGAUGAUGACUCUGAAACAGAUGAGGAGGGAAUUUUCGAAGAUUAUGUCGACAAAAAGAAAUCGAGGCAUCCAAAGAAAUCCGAGACUAAGGACGAUUCGGAAACAGAUGAAGAAGGACUUUUUGAAAGAUUCACACAGAAGGAUAAAGGAAAAGACAAUUCAAACGCGAAGGAAUCAAAGAAUUCUAGCAUCGAGAAACCUGAUAACGAUAAUGAUAUAUUCGAUGCUCUCACUCAGAAAAUUAGCACUAAAGAGAAGAAGGCGAUUACAGAAACAAAUAAAUUGUCAAAUCAGUCAGGGAGCACAGAUCCUCCAAUUGUCCUCGAGGAAGACGUUGAUUUUUUCACAGCGCCAACGCAAAUUCCUCCUAAGGAUGAUCAGCAGGUGGACAUAGAGUCACAGCCUACCCAAAUUCUGGAAGUCAAUGACGUAGAAUCAACUGAGAAAGCGUCAAAUGUGUCCAGUGAAAGCACCGAACAUAACAUAGAUUACGAAAUGGCUCCGACUCAAAGGAUCGAUGAUAUCGUUGAGACGUCAUCUAAAGUAGCAUCCAAAAAACAGAGGAGUCCAUCGCGCAAAAAAACGUACAGAAGAAUUAAAAUGCCUCUGACGGAUUCUGAAGACACAGAAGGAACUUGGAAUGAUAAUAUCGAGACUAAUCUUAAAAGUAUGUUUAACGAAUCGAGUAAUAAGGACGGAGGGAUGGAGCAUUGUCAAAUGUCGUCACAGACGCUUCUGAACGUGCUGGAGUCAACCCAGGAAGCAGCUAUUGAGAAGUCACCCAGACGUAAUCCUGAGACGAAGACUAAAAAAUCAUUACGUAAGAAGCUAGAGACGGCGGAUAACGAACUCAAUCAGAAGGAAACUGAAGAAACGAAGAAUGUUCCGACUGAGACAGAUUUCAAAAAGGAAAAUUCGAGAAGCCGCCAGUCGGAUAGAAAAAGCUGCGGCGAAACGUUACCCGAAAGAUUGACACCCUGGCCGAAGGAUGAGGGCACUAAGAAGCCCGGUCGGCGGACUGCUGCGAAAAUUAAGAUGAACAACCGGAAACUGGACAAAUCCAUUGGAAAAAGAGACUCUCCUAGUUCUAGCAUGAAUAGAGACGAAGGCGAACCGUAUCGUAUUGUAAAGUAUUCCUUAGGAGGAUCAUCCUCGAGGCAGUCGUCAUUUUCCUUGAACCUAGACCCUGAGAAACCUGCUGGCAGUAAAAGAAAGAUAUCAGCUAAAGUUGUCGCAGAACUUUCCGACGAUGAAAUGGAGUUUGAAGAGAUAAAGAACAUAGCAGAGAGAAUGUUGGCCGUGAAAUCUGUUUACGGUUCCAGUAAUGCGGUUCCGAGUAAAAAAGGGACAACAAGAUCCGUCAGGAAAUUUGAUACAGUAUUGCAUAAUAAAUUACCUGGACGUUCUCUUUUAUCUACGGACCGUCAAAGUUGUUCCUUAUCAGUCAGUGUUAUAGGCAAUAAUAAGAAAAAUUCACCGUGCAAUAAAUUGGAUGAUGAGCGAUCGUCUGUUUUUCAGGUCGAGAAGGAAGCUCCGUUAAGAACGAUUGUUAAAGCGCAGGAGAGAAAUUCGCGGGCGAAAACGCGCAGCGAGAAUACCAAGACGUUCGACGAAAAUGAUGAGCUUCAGGAGGUCUCGAGCGAAUUGGGAAAAAAGUCAGCUCGCAUUGGGAGUCGGAAAGAAAAUAAAAAUAUGAAAACCAAAUUAAUCGAAUCUAAGAAGGAGGACGAGCCAGGAUCAGAGUCACAGGAGAUCGACGAAAUUAUAACAAAGUGGUCCAAUACCACAGGUAUCAAUAUAAAUGAAAAAGAGGAAACAAGUGGAAGAAAAUGUCCCAGCAGAAAAUCCAAGAGAAGUAACGUUAUUAAUACAGAGAUAAAAAAUGAAACAACGAAUGAUACCAAUAUUUCUAUUGACUCCAAUGAUUCGAGUCGCAAAGUCAUAUUUGGGAAACCCACAAAAAUUCCAAGAAGAACAAGAGCAACGAAACAAUCCUCAACACUCCCAAAGAGUGUAAUAGAGCCACCAAAGUUAACCGAAAAUAUUACAAUGUCCCAAACUCAACCAGCACGAACUCGACGUGCAAAAUCAGCUACCGUUGAGAGAGGUUUGGUUGAUGAAAAAUCACCAAGUGAUAACAAUGAGAAAGAUAUUUCUGCCGUGAUGGAUACUUCGAAAGAGUCUACAAUAAGAACACCUAAGAAAGGAAGAGGUAGAGCAAGGAAACGUAAACUGGAUGAAGUUGAAAUUGAAAAUCUAGCAGAUACAAGUAUUGAUUCAUCAAUAUUAAACAUCUCAACGGCAUCUGUUAACAAGAAUAAUUCAUCGAUGUUGAGUCUGAUGUCGCCAUCUAAGAGAAGGCAGAGAAUACUGUUUACAGGUGUCACGCAGAACGAUUAUCGCAAAAUCAUACAAAAGUUAGGUGGGACGAUAACUGAAAGUCCAUCUACUUGUACAGUACUUGUUACUGACAAGGUACGAAGGACAUUCAAGUUUCUCUGUGUUAUGGCCAGACCGGUUCCAAUAGUAUCUGUCGAAUGGUUAAUUGAGAGUGAAAAAUCUGGUCAUUUCCUAGAUAUGGAAAAUUUUAUUCUGCACGAUCAUAGUGCUGAAUUAAAAUUCCAAUUUAUUUUAAGAGAGAGUCUAGAGAGAGCGCAGGCUGAAAAACUUUUAAAAGAUUACGACGUACUACUAACACCUAACGUGGCGCCACCGUCAAUCGCAGAGUUCAAAGAGAUAUUAAAAAACUGUGGAGCAAGACCGCUCCUAAAGCCACCUACCACCUGGAACAAGAAGACAAUAGUAAUAUCUCGUGAAGAAGAUUUAGCAAACGCCAAAAAGUUCCUUUCCAAGGCGCCAAAAAAUGUUCCAUUAGUAUCACCAGAAUUCAUUCUGACCGGUAUCUUGAGGCACGAAGUGAACUUUGAUGAGCAUCGAUUGACGCUUCAGUAAUCAUCAUAUACAUUUUUUUUACUGCUUGAUAUUUUAUAAGAGAGAUGUUACUAAAUAUUCCUAUAUUCCUAUUAAAAGUUGAAUAAUUUUAACAAAUAGUGAAUAAUUUUUUAAACGACAAAACGUUUAUGCAGCGACUGUACAUGCAAUGUUUACAUAGCAUACAACGUGCACAAACGUAAGGCAGGUGUCCGCCACUAUCGGAGCUGACCAAGUAGUGGGAGAAAAUAAAAGGCCACGGCGUAGUUUCUUUAUCCUCGUGGAACCGUGAAGCGAAACGAAUUGUAUGUACAAUAUUGCACGUUAUUCGCCACACAAGCUAACGCAGCAUUACCCAUUCAUUGUAUUAUACAAAAUCUAGUUCCAAGAGAGCAGAACAAUGAAUGACUCAGAGUGAAGAAGCUAUAGUAGAUGAAAUUGUUAUAUAAACUGUUGCAAAUACUUAAAAAGAGAAGGUAGAAGAGUAAAAAGAUGAUUACUGCAAGUAUUCUUUAUUGCAUUUUCCUCUGCUUCAACAUACAGACUUUAUUAUUGAUAUUAAUGAGAGCGAGAUAAUCACAACUCGCUCAGAUGGAAAAAAAA